GUACGUCCCACCAGUUCGAAAACAGCGAGUGUCCGCGCGCCGUCGUCGUCGUUGUCGUCUUGUUCACACCGUCCACCCGGCACCCACCGCCCGGUCUUUUGGCGCGCAGUCGUGUUGUGCUCUCCAUGUGCGUUACGUAACGGCGGCGACGUUAUCACACGGUGUACAUUAAAAUAAUAAUAUUAUUAUUACCAUAGUACGGUUGACAUGUUUUGAUCCUCUGUGCUCAAUCGGAUCAACAUUGAUAUUUUUGGAAGACACUGAAUAUGUUAUGUCUUUGCUAAAGACUCAAUUCGUUAACGACAACGACACAGACUUUGAAGAAAAAAAAUAUCGGGAUGACCAUGACAAAUUAUACAAUUGUUACCGCAGACCAAAUGCACGCUCGUCAGGCGAAAAUAAUGACAUCGGGAAUGACAUCCGUGAUUUUCAGCUAAGAGAUACCAUAAUGCCGGAAAAGUUGUUCAAAGUAAUCAUAAUAGGAGACCCGACAGUGGGCAAGACUGCUUUUGUCAAACGAUAUGUACAAAAAUCAUACAGCAGAGAGUACAAGGGUACAGUUGGUGUUGAUUUCGCAUUAAAAAUUAUCAAAGUUUCCGAAACGGAAACUAUUAAAUUACAACUAUGGGAUAUAGCAGGUCAAGAGAGGUUUACGUGGAUGACCCGCGUAUACUACAAAGACGCACAUGGAUGUGUGAUUAUGUUUGAUUUGUCAAAUAAGAAUUCGUUUUUAAACACUCUCAAGUGGAAAAAAGACGUGGAUGCAAAAUGCACUCAAUUAGACGGCGGUCCCAUACCAUGCAUGCUGUUGGGAAAUAAAUGUGAUUUACCCCAACGUCAAAUCGAUCAAUUGGAUAUCGAGGCGUUCUACAAAGAGAACAAUUUUAUCGGCUGGACAGAGACUUCGGCUAAAGACGGGUUGAUGGUUAACGAUUCCAUGCAGUUUUUAAUCAACUCGAUGAUGGGACAGUACAACGAUGAAACCGACCAACCAGAACUCGUAAAACUCUCUGGCCCUAAUACGGAGAACAAGAAAUCGUGUUCAUUUUGUUAGCCAAUGAUCAAUGUCUUAAACGUUAAGGCCGUGUUUAUACUAUCAUCGUCUGUAUCGUUCUUGUAUAUUCGUCGUUAAUUUCAACGAGUAAUUAAAAUGCAAUAUUGUCGUUGAAACUAUAUAUUAUAUACUAUAAUUUAUGUGUUAUAAUUAAUUUUAAGCUUUAAAACAUUUAGGUCUGAUAUACGCUUUAAUUUCGUGUUUUGUCUGAAUAAUAUACUAUUGUAGCAAUACAAUAUUAUAUAUUAUUUUUAAAUUUAGUCAAUAUGAUACCUGUUUCUGUUUUUUUUUAUUGUUAUGAUUUAAUGAUUUAAACAGAUUUAAGUAGUAUCGGGGGGCCUAUGUGAUUUCACGUUUUCCAAUGUCAACUAUUUGUAAUAACAGGAAAACACUGGCCCGCCUUGCGCCCCUGCAUUAUAUAUUUCACGUCUUGUUUCAUAAUUUUUUUCAUUCGUAACAAUAUUGAUUAAAUCCAUUUCUACACGUUUAAACUGUAUCAUAUAUUACUAUAUUAGUGAAUACAUUUUACUGCAUAGAAAUUUAGAAAUCUAGAAUUUUAAAAUGUGUGUUUUAUAAAUGUUUUAAAUUUGUAUGUUAUUAUACCUACUAUAUUAUUUCAUUUUAUUUUUUUUUUUAUAAAACUACUAUGUUGAAUUACUUGAAAAUACAGUACGAUUUUACUAUA